AUGUCCCUGUUCGGCCCGAGCCGCUCCGCCCGGACUCUGGAAACAAUUUCUGGCGCAAACGUUUUCCUUGCCCGGAAGCUUUACGCCUGGCACCAGGCCAUCCCAGCCAAGCCACUCACCAAUCCUGUUUCGAUUGUUUGUAUCUCCGACAGUCAUAUCAGUCAGCCCAAGCUUCCAGAUAGAGAUAUCCUGAUCCAUGCGGGCGAUCUCACCCAGUCGGGUUCGUUCCGGGAACUCCAGGCGACGCUUGCCUGGUUAAACGCCCAGCCUCACCCUAUCAAGAUCGCUGUCGCUGGGAACCACGAUUCACUACUUGAUGACUCUACGAAGCAGGCAGUGGCCGAGCGAGUAAAGCUUGACUGGGGGGCCAUCACCUAUCUAGAGAACAAGGAAACAACCGUUGUCUGCACGAAUGGUCGGCAACUCAGGAUCUACGGCAGUCCCUAUUCCGCACACCACGGGAACUGGGUCUUCCAGUAUCCUCGCAGCCAAGAUGUCUGA